AUGCAAUUGCAUUGUCCCGAGGCUGAACCAUUCCAGGAGCUUCAGGCCGGCAUCGUCGGUCUUCCGAAUGUCGGAAAGUCCACGCUGUUCAACGCGAUCGUGGAGAAUGGCAAGGCAGCUGCCGCCAACUUCCCGUUCUGCACCAUCGAGCCCAACGUGGGCAUGGUGACCGUCCCAGACGAGCGCCUGGCGAAGCUCUCCAGCAUCAGCGGCAGCAAGGAGAUCCUGCCCACCACUGUGGAGUUUGUGGACAUUGCUGGCCUGGUGCGCGGUGCCUCGAAGGGCGAGGGCCUGGGCAACAAGUUCCUGGCCAAUAUCAGGGAGACCGACGCCAUCUGCCAGGUUGUGCGCUGCUUUGAGGAUGAUGACAUCAUUCAUGUCUCUGGCAAGGUUGACCCCCUGGAUGACAUCGACGUCAUCAACCUCGAGCUGGCUUUUGCUGACAUGGCGCAGAUAGAGAAGCGGCUGGAGCGCCUCACAAAGGGCAAGAAGUCCCCUGAGGAAGCUGCCAAGGCGGCCAUCGAGAAGGACGCCCUCGACAAGAUCGUGGUCGAGAUCGAGGCCGGCCGCGGCGCGCGCAAGGCGGUGCUGAACGCUGACGAGCUGCUGGCGAUCAAGAACCUCGGACUGCUCACCCUGAAGCCCCUGAUCUACGCGGCCAACGUGUCCGAGGAUGAUCUGGGCAACCAGGGGGCCAACAACGUGCACGUGCAGGCGCUGCGGAAGCGCGCGGCAGAGGAGGGGGCGGAGGUGGUCGUCGUCAGCGCAAAGUGUAUGAUGUAUUGA